AUGACUAUCCUCAGGUAUUCGUUUAUUAUCGGUGAUAUGGAGUAUCUCAUUUUUCUUUUGGUUCUUUUUUAUUUUUUUUUUACCUUUUUUUUCUUUAUCUUUCCCCCUUUUACCCAUUUUUAUUUUCUCCCUUUUUUCUUUUCCCAUUUUUCCUUUUUGCUUUUCCUUUUUCUAUUUUCGUCUUUCUUUUUUCGCUUUUUUCUUUCUUUUAACAACUGUAUAUUUGAUUUUCCUUUGCUCUUUGUAGUUUCCUUUUCUUCUUUCUCCUUUUCUUUUUUCUUUUCUUUUUUUUUUUUUGCGCUUUUAUUUCUUUUUUUUCUUUGUUGGGCUUGUUAUUUUUGCUUUUCGUUGUGUUUUUUUUUUACUUUGUUUUCUUUGUUUUGUUUUGCUUCUUUUCUUUGUUUUGAUUUUGCUUUUCUUUGUUUAAUUUGUUUUUCUUUGUUUAUUUUUUGGAUUUUCUUGUUUUUGCUUUUUCUUUUCUUUGUCUUUUUUGGGUUUCUUUUCUUUGAUUUUCUUGUUUUUUUUUCUUUGUUUUCUGCUUUUCUUUCUUUUUUGCUUUUUCUCUUCUGUAUUUUUGCUUUUCCUUUCUUCUUUCUUGCUUUUCUUUUCUUUCUUUUUUACUAUUUUUUUCUUUGUUUAUAUUGCUUUUCUGUGUUUUUAUGUUUUACUUUUCUUUUUUUGCAUGUCUUUUCUUUGUUUUUUGUCUUUCUUUUCUUUCUUUAUUUUGCUAUUCUCUUGCUUGUUUUUAUGCUUUACUUGUUUUUGCUUUUCUUUUUCCUGUUUCUAGCUUCACUUUUUUGUUUAUUUUGUUUCUUUUUCUGCUUUUCUUUUUUGUUUUUUCUUUUCAUUGUUUUUUUGCUUUACUUUUUUGUUUUUUGCUAUUCUUUUCUUGCGUUUUGCUUAUUUUGCUUUUUGUUCUUUUGCUUUUCUUUUCUUUUUUGCAUUACUUUAUUUUUGUUUUGUUUUUCUUUGUUUUGCUUUUAUUUGAUUUCCUUUAUUUUUUGCUCUUUUUUGCUUUGCUUUGAUUUCUUUUUUGCUUUGUAUUUCUUUCGUUUUUGUUUUUGUUUUUGA